AACAAAUAUGAAGAUUUUGAAAGAUUUAAUUAUUUAAGAAACUAUUCGUUUAGAAGUAUAAAUAUAUUUUGCAUAAAUUUAAGAUCCUUUUUUAUUUUGAAUGUACCAUUUAAAGCAAUAAUUCUAUUUAGAGUAAAAAAAUAAAUAGUAAAAGGAUAAACAUAAUAAUUAAUCAACCACAAAACAAAGCAAAAACAAUAAAUAAAAUCAACUUUAUAAAUAAACUAUUAUAAAAUGGGACCAACAAAGAAAGAGUUAAAGAAAUAAAUGGAAUUACUUAGAAAACAAUAAGAAGAAUAAGAGUAAGAAGAUAGUGAUGAAAUUGACCAAGAAGAGGAAGAUGACUUUGAAGAAGGUGACGAUUUAGAUGGUUAAGAUAUUGAAGAUGAAGAAGAACAUGAUGAUGGUGAAGAUUUAGAAGAAGGUGAUGAUGAUGAAGAUGAUGAAGACGAAGAAUUAGAUGAAGAUGGUGAAGAAAUACCUAAGCUUUAACCCAAUAGCAAGCUCCCAAGAAAACUUCCCAAUGAUAAGAGUGACGAUGAAGAUGAAGGAGAUAUGGAAGCAAAGGCAAAGGAAUAAUAUAUGAUGGGAUUGAAAGGUUAACCAGAUUAAGCCAUUUUAAACAUGAAGAUCAAUGACAUUUUACACAUCUUAUCUAAAUUCAAAGAAAAUAGCAAGGAUGGUCGUAGCAGAUAAAGUUAUUUGGAAGAAUUAACUGAAUACUUUAUGCAAUAUUACAACUACAACCGUGAUUUAGUCUAAUUAUUUAUGACCAUGUUUAAUCCUAAUGAACUUGUUUAAUUCUUUGAAUCAAAUGAACAACAAAGACCUUUAACUAUCAGAACUAACACCUUGAAAACUCGUAGAAAAGAACUUGCAUAAAUCCUUAUUUAAAGAGGUGUUAACUUAGACAGCUUAGCUGAAUGGACCAAAGUUGGUUUGAAAAUAUACGAUUCUAAAGUUCCUAUCGGUGCUACCCCUGAAUAUCUUGCUGGUCAUUACAUGCUCUAAAGUGCCUCUUCUUUCUUGCCAGUCAUUGCCUUGGCUCCUUAACCUAACGAAAAGAUUCUUGAUAUGGCUGCUGCUCCUGGUGGUAAAACUACUUACAUAGCUUAGCUUAUGAAAAACACUGGUGUUUUAUUCGCUAAUGACGUUAAGGCUGAUAGAAACAAAGCCUUGAUUUUCAAUGUUUAGAGAAUGGGUAUUAACAACUGUAUUGUAACUAAUUAUGAUGGAAGAAAGCUCAAUAAAGUUAUUCAUAAUUGUGAUAGAGUUCUUCUUGAUGCACCUUGUACUGGUUUAGGUAUUAUCGCAAGAGAUCCCUCUGUUAAAGCUACUAAGUAAUUGAUUGACGUCCAAAAGCAUGCUCACUUACAAAGAGAAUUAAUUCUUUCUGCCAUCGAUUGUUGCAAGAAGGGUGGUUAUGUUGUAUAUUCCACUUGUAGUGUUACAGUUUAAGAAAACGAGAGUGUUGUAGACUAUGCUCUUAAAAACAGAUUCGUUAAAUUAGUAGAUAUGGGAAUUGAAGUUGGUGAAGAAGGUUAUACAAAAUAUUAGGAUAAGAGAUUUGACCCUCAACUCAAAAAGACUAGAAGAAUUUUACCUCACGUUCAUAAUAUGGAUGGUUUUUAUGUUGCCAAAUUAAAAAAAUUAGAAAACGGACCUAGAGUUACUAAAUAGGAAGUAGUCAAUGAUCACUUAGAUGCUAUGGAAAACGAAGAUGUAGAAAAUGUGAAUAUUAAUAAUAAAAAUAAGAAAAGUGAUCACAAGCUUAAGGUUCAAAAAGGACAAUAAGGUGUGAUUGAAGUAACAGCAAAUGGUGAAGAUUAUGAUUGGAAUGAAGAAAAGGAACAAGAAAAAAUAGAGAAGACUGAAGAAACCGACUAAAAAGAAAAUGAAGAGUAAAGCAAAUAAGCUAAAAAGGAUUAGAAGAAGCCCAAGGGAGAAAAGAAGGCAUAAAAUGAAACUUAAGUUAAAAAAUAAGAUAACAAAUAAGUAAAGAAGGAAUCUAACGAUUAAGCAAACGGUGAAAAGAAAUUAUCUAAAAAAGAAAAGAAAUUAGCUCAAAAGGCCUAAGAAAAGAAAGAAAAAUAGAAUAAUUAAGUAAAAUAAUAAGAUGAAGAAGAAAAUGUUGAAGAAGAAGUUGAAGAAAAGCCUGCUGCUGCUAAGGAGUAAAAGCAAGAUAAAAAAAAUGGUUAAAAGAAGUAAAAUUAAAAGUCAGAGUAAAAGAAUACUGAACAAGUUGCCAAGUAGCCUUUGAACAAAUAGUAAGAAAAGAAAGAAUAAUAAAAACCCUAAAAAAAUAAUAAUGCUUAAAAGACUGAAAAUGAAGUAGAAGAAGAAGUAGAAGUAGAAGAAAAAGCAGAAAAGAAAGUAAAGGAUUUUAAAGGAAAGAAUAACAACUAAAACAACAAAAAGUUUAACAAAUUCAAUAAGCAUUAGAAAAAUAGACCAUUUAAUAAAUAACAAGGAAAGCAUCAAUUUUAGAAAAAUAAGAAAGUUAAAACUGAAUGA